CGACGUACCCGAUGGGGAGUGUUAGUCUUACAGCCUAAGAGAGAAAGAGAGGAUUCCUCUAAGCAGAGAAAAGGCCAGAACCACGGCCUGGGGAGAGUGAUAUGCAGACCUGACCCUCUACAGUAAUCAGAGAAGUGCAAAACCCAAGCCCAAGAGGUGAGACCACUCACUAGUCGCGCCUCAGAUUGGAGAGGACAGAGCUGAGAGACUAGGCGCUCCGGGGCUCAGCUCGCAGACUGGUGGAGGGGAAGUUGGGAAGAACGGAGGUGGGGGACAGGGUCCGGUAGAGCUCCCCACAGGCCGAAGGGGUGGGGAUGGGUGGGCAGAGAGCUCGCUGGUGACGCGGGGCCCUCACGUGACCUGGAGCUGCAGAGCGACGCAGCCUUCGGUGCAGUCGUCACUCGCGUCUGGGUAUCGGUUCCCCGCUGUCCUGCGCCUGGCGGGCUGGCAUUGGGCCCGAGGAAAGCGGAGCAGUAGUUCCGUGUGGCACUGUUUGUGGCGAGGCAAGGGAAGAAGGAGAGAAGAAAACUGCACGGGAUCUGUGGAGAUUCUCCCGCCUGUAUGAGCACCUUGGUGAAGGAACUGAUGGAUUUUUGGGAGAAACCUUAGAAUCCUACAGGUCUUCUCCCAUAGACCUACAGUAAGGCUGGAAGCCAGGGAAAGGGGGAGACUCGCAUGGAACCAUGAAGGUUUGUGUGAAGGUGGGCAGCACCUGGGGAUAACAAGAAGAUCUUCCUGCAGGUCUGCUGUAGGGCUUGAGAUUACUGGAGGCAAAGAAACAAGGAGGAAAUUGCCCCUGAUCAGUAUAGACUGGUCCACUGAUCUCAUGAGUUAAUAGAUCUACUUUAGGGUAUAUCACCAAUCAAGAGAAGGAAAGAGGAGGGAACUGCCUUGAUCAUUACAGGUCCACCUCCAGUGGCAGCUGUAGUGGCCUUUAAGUGGCUGAAGACCAGCGCCCUCACAGGCCUACACCCAGACCUACUACCCUCUUUCCCCAUCCUGAUUGAGCCCCCUGUGCCUUGUUCGUGACUUUACUAGGGGUGAUUACAUGGGCCGCGUUCAGGAAGUGUGCUGGGUGACUGCAGGACUGGUGGUUUGGGCUGGUACCUGCUACUACCUUCACAGAUUAACCAAAGGAAGAGUCCAGAGUGUGAGGACACUUGCCAAAAAUGGGUCCAAGGUCAAGAUGGGGACUGUUGUUGGGGUACAGAACCAGACCCUGGCCACAGGUGAAGCCAUGGGUGGGACAGAGACUGAGACUAGACCCAAGGCCACGUCUGGAGCAGAAGCUGAAGCAGGAGGGAGGGCUGGGGCUGAAGUAGAGAUUACCACCACUGCUAAAGCUAGACCCAAAGCCAGCUCUCAGGCCAUGACAAUGGCUGAGGCAGAGGCAGAGAUACAAUCUGAGGCCAAAACAGUGGCCAGAAAAGUGAGCAUGACAGAGGUAGUGACUUUGACUGAAGCCCAGGUCAAAGCCGGGGAAGUAGCUAUGAAAGAAGCCGUGACCCAAACUGAUUCUGAGGCUGGGAGAGUAGUCAGGAGAGAGGCUGUGACCCAGACCAAGGCUAAAGUUUGGCCACUGGCUGCCAGGGCAGAGACCAAGAAAGAAGUAAUGACCCAGACCAAAGUGGAAGCUCGUAUACUGGCUGAAAAAGAGACGAACAGAGUGACGGUGACCCAGAGUGAGGCCUUAGGAGUGACCAGGGAGGUGGCCAAGAUGGGUGCCAUAAAUAAGACUGGAAUUGUGGCUGAGACCAAGGCAAGAGCCCCGGAAGAGACUGUGAGUGUGGCCAAGAGUCAGUCUGAGGCCAGGCCUGGUAACACAGUUGAUGCUAAGGGAAAUCCUAAUGCCUCACCCAGGGCAGAAGUUGGAGCAGACAUGAGGUUCUGUACACCAUCUCAGGCUGUAACCAAGAGCCAGGUCAACAACGUGCCUGGUGCUGGGGUUGAGGUCAAGGGGAAACACAAAACCGUGUCUCGGGCAGAGUCUAGGGCAGACACAAAGGCUUCUGUCCAGCCUCAGAUUAUAGCCAAGACCCAGGCUGAGGCUAUGCUUGGGGCAAAGGUUGAUGCUGGGGCUAAUACCAAUGCCCUGUGUAAGGCAGGGGCAGGGGCAGAUAUGAGAGUUCCUAUGCAACCUCAGACUGCGGCCAAGAAACAGGUCGAGACAGUGUUUGGUGCCAGGGUUGAUGACAGGGGAAAUACUGAUGUCACAUCUAAGGCAAUGGCAGGAGGUGACAUGAGGGCUGCUGCUCACCCUCAAGCUACAGCCAGUGCUCAGGCUGAGGCUACACUGGAGACCAGGCUUAAAGGUAGAGGCAACUCCAAUGCUGUGUCUAAAACAGGGGCCAGGGCAAACCUGAGGACCAGUUCCCAGGCUGAGGCCUUGCCUGAUGCCAGGGUUAAGACCAGAGACAAUCCCAAUGCCAUGUCUAAAAUGGGGGCUGGGACAGACAUGGAGCUCUAUACACAGCCUCAGCCUGGGGCCAAUGUCCAGGCUGAUGCCUUGCCUGAUGGCAGGAUUAAGGCUAAAGGCAAUGCCAACACCAUGUCUAAGGAAGCGGCUGGGACAGACACAAAGGUAGAGUCUCAGGCUUCCACCAAGAGCCAGGUUGAGACCUUACCUGGUACUAGAGGUAAGACAAGGGGGAAAGGCAAAAGCAAGCAUAAAGCAGGAGUCGGGAUGGAAAUGAAAACCAGCGUGCAGCCUCAGGUUGGGCCCAAGACCCAAGCUGAUGCUUUACCCGAUUCCAGGGUUGAUGGCAGGGGUGAUCCUAAUACUAUUUCUAGGUCAGGGGCUAAGGCUGAACUGAGGGCCUGUGGGCAGCCUCAGACUAUGGCCAGUUCCCAGGGUGAGGCCUUGCCUGGUGCCAAGAAUAAGGUCAGGGGCAAUUCCAAUACUAUGUCUAAGUCAGAGGCUGGACCAGAUACAAUGGGCUCUGCCCAGCAUCAUGCUGUGGCCACUUUCCAGGAUGAAAUGUCACCUAAAACUAAGAAUAAAGUCAAGGGCAAACCCAACGCUAUGUCUGAGGUAGGGACUGGGCCAGAUUCAAUAUGUUCUGUCCAGCCUGAAACAGAUACAGCAGGCUCUGCUCAGCCCCAGACUAAGGCCAGUUCCCAGGGUGAGGCCUUGUCUGGACCUAAGAAUCAGGUCAGGGGCAAUCCCAAUGCUGUGUCUAAGGCAGGGACUGGGCCAGAUACAUUGGCCUCUGGACAGCUCCAGGCUGUGGCCAGUCCUCAGGGUGAAGCCUUGUCUGGUAAUAAGAGCAAAGUCAGGGGCAAUCGCAAUGUUGUAUCUAAGGCAGGGACUGAGUCAGAUACGAUGUGUUCUGCCCAGGAUGAAACAGAUACAACAGGCUCUGCUCAGCCCCAGGCUGUGGCCAGUUCCCACGGUGAAGCCUUGCCUGGUACUAAGAACAAGGUCAGAGGCAAGUCCAAUGCCAUCUCUAAGACAGGGGCUGGGCCAGAUACAUUGUGCUCUACCCAGCUCCAGGCUAUGGCCAAUGCCCAGGGUGAAGCCUUGCCUGGUACCAAGAAUAAGAUCAGAGACAAAUCCAAUUCUUUGUCUAAGGCAGGGGCUGGGCCAGAUACAGUUGGCUCUGCCCAACUCCAGGCUAUGGCCAAUGCCCAGGGUGAAGCCUUGCCUGGUACCAAGAAUAAGAUCAGAGACAAAUCCAAUUCUUUGUCUAAGGCAGGGGCUGGGCCAGAUACAGUUGGCUCUGCCCAACUCCAGGUUGUGGCCAAUGCCCAGGGUGAAGUCUUGUCUGGUACUAAGAAUAAGGUCAGGGGCAAUCCCAGUGCUGUGUCUAAGGCAGAGGCCAGGGAAGAUGCAAUGGGCACUGAAGAGCCUCAGACAGAUACAACAGGGUCUGCCCAGACCCUGGAUAUGGCCACUUCCCAAGGGGAAUCCUUGCCUAGCAUCAAGAAUAAAGUUACGGGUAAAUCCAGUGCUGUGUCUAAGACAGGGGCUGGACUAGAUACAGUGAACUCUGUCCAGCCUCAGGCUGUGGCCAGUUCUCAAGGUGAAGUUCUGCCUGGGACUAAGAACAAGGUCAAGGGAAAUUCCAGUGCUGUGUCUAAGACAGGGGCUGGGCCAGCUACAGUGGGAUCUGCCCAGCUCCAGGCUGUGGCAAAUGCCCAGGGUGAGGCCUUGCCUGGUGUCAAGAAAAAGGUCAAGGGCAACCCCAGUGCUUUGUCUAAAGCAGGAACUGGGCCAGAUUUAGCAGGUUCUGCCCAACCUCAGGUUGUGGCCAAUUCCCAGGGUGAAGUCUUGCCUGGGACUAAGAACAAGGUCAGGGGAAAUUCCAAUGUUGCAUCUAAGACAGGGGCUGGGCCAAGUACAGUGGGCUCUGCCCAGCUCCAGGCUGUAGCCACUUCCCAGUGUGAAGCCUUGCCUGGUGUGAAGAAUCAGGUCAGCAGCAAUCCUAAUGCUGUGUCUAGGAUAGAGGGCAGAGCAGAUACAACAAGCUUUGCCCAGCUUCAGGAUGAGUCUAAGGGUGAAGCCUUGCCUGGUGCCAGGAGUAAGGUUCGGUGUAAUCUUAGUGCUUUGUCUAAAGCAGAUACUGGGCCAGAUAUGGUGGGCUCUGCUCAACCGCAUGCUGUGACCAGUUCUCAGGGUGAAGACUCCUCUGGCACUAAGAAUAAGGUCAAGGGCAAUCCCAAUGCUCUGUGUAAGGGAGAGACCGGGGCAGAUGCAGUGGGCUCUGCCGAGCUCCAAGUUGUGACCAGUUCCCAGGGUGAAGCCUUGUCUGGUAAUAAGAGUAAGGUCAGGGGCAAUUCCAAGGUUCUGUCUAAGACAGAGGCCAGGGUAGAUGUGAAGGGCUCUGCUUGGCCUCAGGCUGUGGCCAUUUCCCAGGGUGAAGUUUUUUCUGGUACUAAGAAUGUCAGCAGCAAUCCCAAUGCUGUUUCGAAGGCAGAGGUUGGGGCAGAUACAGUGGGCCCUGCGCAGUCUCAAACAGAUACAACAGGCUCCCCCCAACCCCUGGCUGUGGCCAAUUCCCAGGGUGAAGUCUUAAGUGGUACUAAGAAUAAGGUCUGGGGCACUCUCAGUGCUGCAUCUAAAGCAGGGAUUGGGCCAGAUACAGUGGGUUUUGCCCAGCCCCAGGCUGUGGCCAGUUCCCAGAGUGAAGCCUUGCCUAGUGUCAAGAAUAAGGUCAGAAGCAAUCCCAAUGCUGUGUCUCAGGUAGAGGCCAGAGCAGGUACAACAAGUUUUGCCCAGCCUCAGGCUGUGUCUAAUUCCCAGGGUGAAACCUUGUCUGGUGCCAGGAGUAAGGUCCAGGGCAAUCCCAGUGCUAGGUCUAAGGCAGGCACCAGGCCAGAUAUAAUGUGUUCAGAUCAGCCUCAAAGAGAUAUAACAGGCACUGCCCAACCCCAGGCCAUGUCUAAUUCCCAAGGUGAAAACUUGCUUGGUGCCAGAAAUAAGGUCAGGGACAAUCUCAAUGUGGUAUUUAAGGCAAGGGAUAGGCAAGAUACAGUAGGCUCUCUUUCACCCCAGGCCAUGGCCAUUUCUCAGGGUGAGGCCCUCCUUGGCGCCAGAAGUAAGGUCAGGGGAAAUACCAAUGCUGAGUCUAGGGUAGAGGCUGGGGCACAUAUGAUGGGCUCUGGCCAGCCUCAGUCUGCAGCCCAUUUCCAGAGUAAGAUCUUGCCUGAGACAAAGGACAAGGCUAUACCCAAGUCUGAGGCAGAAGCCACAGGAGAUGAGGGUUAUGCAAAGCCCAAGGCUGAGGCCAUGCUCACUUCUGAGAGUGGGAGUGGGACAGGUACUCAGGCCUGCAGUAAAACUCGGCCUAGGGUCCAUGACUAUUACUGGAAUGGGAUUGGUAUUGAGGAUUGGAUUGCUUCUGAGCGAUGGAUCAAAUUUAGGUUUCAGGCCAGGGAUGGAUACUGGGAGAAUAGCAUGUCUUGGGCUGAUGAUGAGAACGAAGCCAGUAUUGAGUCCUGGAGUGGAGCUAGUCAUAAGUCUGAUAUUAGGUCCUGGGCUGGAGCUAAGGCUGAGAAUGAAGCUGGUUUUCCAUCCUGGGCUGCAGCUGGGGACCAGGCCUGUGGUGGGCUCUGGGGUGGGAGUCAGGCCAGUAAGGGUUCUUUGUCAGAGGCUGGGGACAUGGCCAUUGGAGCAUCCUGGAUUGGGGCUGAGAACCAGGUCAGUGAGGGUUCUUGGGCUAGCACUGGGAACCAGGCUAUUGGGGAGCCCUGGGUUGGAGGUCAGGCCAGUAGGGUGUCCUGGGCUGGGGAAGAUGCCAUUGGAGUGUCCUGGACUGGAGCUGAGGAACAGGCCAGUGGAAGGUCCCAGGAUGGUGCUGGAAUUCAAGCUAAUGGAGGGUCUUGGGCUGAAGCUAAAGCUGGGAAUGUGGCUAGUAUUGGGUAUUGGCCUGGGGAUAUGGACCAGGCUAGUGGAGGGUACUGGGUUGGGACUGGUGGUCUGUCUGGUGGAUCCAAGCCUAGAUUUGAGGAUCAGGCCAGUGAAAAUGUGACCUGGGCUGACACUGCAGACCAAGCUAGUGGAGGCUCCAGGCUGAGACCUAUGGACCAGUCGGGUGGUGAGUCCUGGGCUAGGGGUGGGGAACAGGCCAGCAAAGGUUCUAAACCAGGGUUUGUGGACCAGUCUAGUGUUGGGCCCUGGGCUACCAUUGGAAAUCAGGCCAGUGGAGGAUUCUUGGUUGGGACUAUGGAGCAGGCCAGUGACGGGUCCUGGGCUGGGACUAGUGAUCAGUCUGGUGGUGAGUCCAAGCCAAGAUUUGAGGAUCUGGCAAAUGCAGAAGCAUCUUUGGCUAGGGUUGGUGGCCAGGCUGAUGGAAGGCCUAGGUUGGGGCCUGAGGACCAGCCCAGUGGGAGGUCCUGGGGUGACUCUGGGGACCAAGCCAAUGGAGGGUUCUUGGUUGGGGCCAUGGACCAGGCCAAUGGAGGGACCUGGGCUGUACCUGGGGAUCAGGCUGGUGAUGGGACAAAACCUAGAUUUGAAGAGCAGGCAAGUGGAAGAGGGUCUUUGGCUGACAAUGGGGGUCAGGCUGGUGGAGGGUUUAGGCUGAGUCCCAGGGACCAGUCCAUUGCAGAUUCCUGGGCUGGCACUGGGGACCAGGCCAGUGAAGAAUGUAGAUCAGGGCCUGAGGAUCAGUCCAGUGGAUGGUUCUGUGCUUGCAGUGGGGGUCAGUCUAAUGCAAGUGGGACCUGGGGUGAGUCUGGUGGCCAUGCUAUUGGAGGAUCUAGACUAGGGCCCAUGGUCCCAUCCAGUGGUGGGUCCUGGGUUGAUACUGGAAGUUGGGUCAGUGGAAGGUCUUGGGGAGGGACUGGAGAUCAAGCUAGUAGCUGUCCCAAACCUGGAUUUGAGGAUCAAGCCAGUAAAGGAAGGUUCUGGUCUGGUGUUGAAGACCAGGCUGUUGGAGGCUCUAAUCCAGGGCCUGCAAACCAGUCUAGUGGUGGGUCCUGGACUGCCACUGGGAGUCAGGUCAGUGGAAGGUCUUGGGCUGGGGCUGGGAUUCAGGCUGAUAGCUGUUCCAAACCUGGACUUGAGGACCCAGCAGGUAGAGAAGGCUCCCAGGCUGGCAUUAGGGACCAGGCUAGUGGAAAAUUGUGGGCUGGGUCUAGGCCUCAUAAUGAAGCCUGUAAAAGAUCGAAGCUGGGGCUUGAGGACCAGGCAAGUGGAGGGCCCUGGGCUAGGGCUGGUGACCAGGCCAGUGGAAGACCCCAGAUCAGUGCUGAGAUGGAGGCCAAAGAAAGAUCCUGGUUUAGGACUGGGGGUGAGACUAGUACAGGGUCUUGCCUCAGGAGAGGGGAAGAGGCUGGUAUUGUAUCCAAACCUGGAGAUAAAAAUGAAGCCAAUAUUGAAUCCCGAUCAGGGGCUAAAGAAGAGGCCAUCCUUAGUUCCAGAUUUGGGGCUGAGGAUAAGGCCAGUAUUGGGUCCUGGAUCAGCUCUGAAGAGGCAGCCUGUAUGGAUUCCCUUGUGGGGGCUGAGGCUGGGGCUGAGGCAGAGGUCAGGAAGGAGUCUUGGCUCUGGGAUGGAGAUGCAGCCACUACGGGCUCUAGACUUGGGGCUGAGGAAGAGGCUUGCAUGGAGUCGUGGACUUUGGCUGAGGAUGUAGAUGAGGAUGAGCUAAGUAGAGCGUCUAGCCCUGAUAUUGAGGAAAUCAGUUUAAGGUCCCUGUUUUGGGCUGACAGUGAGAGGAGUAAUGAGUUCAGACCCAAGAGGGAGAGAAAUGUCAAUUUUGAGUGUGGAGCUGGAGAUAAGGCCAAUGCCAAGGGUAAGCUUGAGGCACCGACUGCUGGUGGAGUUGAUGAAAGGUCCUGGUUCUGGGAUGGUAAUGAAAACAUAAGUGAGGACAAAUCUGCACCUAAGACUAAAGCCAAAAAGUCAGCUGAGUCAAGAGGCACAUAUCCAUCCAUGGUCCCUGGUGCAGGAAUGGGGUCAUGGGCAGGAGCCAUGAUCUGGACGGAAAUGAAAUUUCCAUACCAAAAUAAGUCCUGCUUCCCACCUGAGGAUGAGCUCAGAAAGCAGAUCAGGUAUGAGGAGAAAACUCAGCCCUGGACCUGUCGCUGUAAACGCGAAGCAAAUAUGGAUCCACGAGAGCUUGAAAAACUCAUUUGCAUGAUUGAGAUGACUGAAGAUCCUUCUAUUCAUGAAAUAGCUAAUAAUGCUCUUUAUAACAGCCCUGAAUAUCCCUUUUCCCAUGAAGUCAUUCGUAAUGCAGGUAGAAUCUCAAUUAUUGAAAGUUUGCUCAAUAAUCCCUAUCCCAGUGUUAGGCAGAAGGCUUUAAAUGCACUGAAUAACAUCUCAGUGGCUGCUGAAAAUCAUAGGAAGGUGAAAACAUACUUAAACCAAGUUUGUGAAGACACAGUCACCUAUCCCUUGAAUUCAAAUGUACAGCGGGCUGGACUAAGACUGAUAAAGCAUUUGACCAUUAUUAGUGAAUAUCAACAUAUGGUUACAAAUUAUAUUUCAGAAUUUCUUCGUUUGUUAACUGUGGGAAGUGGAGAAACAAAAGACCAUAUUUUGGGAAUGCUUUUGAAUUUCUCCAAAAAUCCGUCUAUGACAAAAGACUUACUCAUUGCCAAUGCACCAACAUCACUGAUUAAUAUCUUUAGCAAGAAAGAGACAAAAGAGAAUAUUCUUAAUGCUCUUUCACUAUUUGAAAAUAUAAAUUAUCAUUUUAAAAGAAGGGCAAAAGUAUUUACCCAGGACAAGUUCAGUAAAAAUUCCCUUUACUUCAUAUUCCAACGACCUAAAGCUUGUGCCAAGAAGCUCCGAGUCUUAGCAGCAGAGUACAGUGACCCUGAGGUGAAAGAAAAAGUUGAGCUAUUAUUAAGUAAACUCUGAUUAACUGUAUGUUCCCAAACAAAUCUGAGUAAUACUUUGGUUUUGCAGUCUGGAAGUAAUGCACAUUGUAAAUUGCAUUACAACUUUGAAACUGAUGUUACUUGUGAUGGUCUGUAGCUGGAUCACUUUAUGGACAUGAAAUGUACUGAAAAUACAUGUGUUGACUAUUACCUUGUUUGGACUGAGAUAUUUUUAGUAUGCUUCAUGAGCAGAAACUGACCUGAUUCUUCAUGAGUAAGGUAAUUUUUGGUCCUUUGUGUGGACUUGUGUUUCUACAUUUGAGACUAUUUUUUAUGUUAUCAAUAAAGUUGUGUGUUUUAAGCAGAAAAAAAGAGACACAUCUUUGUCCUUGAGUUUAUGAUCUAUUUGGAAAGGCAAGAUGUAUGGAAACAAAAACAUACUAACAAAACCGCAAUCCUCUGUCCAAAUCCUUCCUGUCAGUGCAGAAAUGUCUUCAGGCAGCAGUGCUGAGGCAAAGUUGUGCAGAGGAGGGGUAUGUUUAAAUAAGCUGGGCUUGAAGGAUAGGAUAAAAAUGGGGCGGGAGAGCAUUGGAGGAGGGUGGAGUGGUGGGAAGAAAGGCAUGAAGGUGGAAAUCCCAAUCCAGAGAGGAGGGUGGCCUGCCCAAAGUUCCAAGUGUGGGGAGAGGAAUGACGGGAAAUGUAAUCCAUCAGUCUGGGAGAGCCCCUUCAUGCAGGAUCCCUGAUUGCUAAACCUGGUUAUUUGAAUGUUACUCCUUCCACCCUUGGGAGGCCCCAAAGCCUUCUGUGCCCAGAGGAAUGAAAAUGAAAGGAAAAGGAUGUAGCUGAUUUGUGUGCAGGUUGGGUCAGAUUUGGGAUGGGGAAAGGAGUGACCACUGGAGAUUGGAACACCAGUUAGGAAAUCACUGCCAUGGUCCAGGCAUGAGAUGAUAGAAGUGUGAGACUUCACUACUGGCCACAGGAAUGGCAAGGGGAGAAAGGAAGUGAGAGACUCUUUGAACAAAGAAGUGAUGGAACAUAUCUUGAGGGCAUACAGAGAAGGACAAUUUUAUUUUAGGGUCCUGGUAGCACUUCAUUGGAAAACACUCUCUUUCUUGGCCAAAUCUGGUGUCUAUGUCGGUAAAUACAUUAGUUAUUUUUUGAAAUAAUAAGAAAGUAUAAUAGAAGAAAGAACAAUAUUUAGUGCUUCUAUCAGGUUUCUUUUAGAAGGUUGACUAAGGCAGGGCCUUUAUGGGAUCAUUGAGAGUAAUAUUGGCAUCAAUACUGUAGAAGACCCACCUCUCUCCCACCCUAGAGUGUGGUGAGGGUGUGGUGGGAGGGGCACUCUCAAACUGGGCUGGUAGGAGCAUACAUCCAUACAAGGUCCAUUUGGGUACAUGUUUCAGAAGUCUUUAAGAUGUGUGUGCUCUUUGAACCAGUAAUCCCACUUGUAGAAAUUUAUCUAUAGAAAACGAUCAAAUAAUUGGCUCGUACAAAGCUGUGCAUCUUCGUAGUGUUUGAAGAGAGAAAACAUGUGAAUGACCCAAGGGCCUCAAAAUAGGCACUUGGCUAGACAAAUUAGGGUGUGUCUACACAUUGAAACAUUUUGCAGCAAUUGAAAAUGGUGAUAGACAUCUACAUUUAUUUACUUGGAAACAAAUUAGCAUAUAAUCUUAAGUGGGGGAAAAUAGGCUACAAGAGCACAUGCUGUACUUUUUAUAAAGAAAAAGUAUAUAUAUUCAACUAUCUCAUAUAUAAGCUUUGGUGUAUACUCUGAGACUAUGGGUGUUAGGUUAAUGGGUAAUUUUACCUGUUUUUUACUCACUUGUAUUUUCUGAUUUUUAUACAAUACACAACAGGAGUUUUUGCAUAAUUUGCCAAGAGGAAGUGGAUGGAUUUGGGCUAAGCAGACCUGUCAGUAGCACUUCAGGGAACCAGAGCAGAAGUAUAAAUAAAUAGAGGCUCACAUACUGGUGUCUAGCUAUUUGGAAGGCAUAAAUUAAAA